UGUAAUGUGACAAAAAUCAAGAAGUAUGAAUAGUUUUGCAAGACAAUGUAAUUUUAACGGCUUAGUCACAUGAAACAGGUGGAAGAUAAGAUAAAUUAAUAAGGGUAACAGAAACAACAUUUAUAUAGAAGCUCGCCAAAAACCCAAAUUGGAAGACAGAACCCUUAAUUGGAUAAAUCAUUAAAUUAUAUUCCCCAAAUCUUUAAAUACUGUAGCAUUCUAAUUAUGUAAAUGGAUUCAGAAUGUUGCAUCUUUGCGUCUGUUUUGGGACCACAAGUAGAGGCUGUAAUAAAUGUGUUGCAUCAUGUUGACUCUGUGGGUGGUGAAUCACUGCUUCAGCUGGAACUCCACGGAGAGGAGCAGUUCAGGGACAGAUCAGACUCAGUCGUCACAGCAGCCAACAUGCAGUGGAUGCAUCUGGAUGUUGGACUUGUUCUUGGAAUUAUUUUUAUGCAGAUAUCCAGUUUCAGCUUCUCAUCUCCAGCUUCUGGGAUUUUGGAUUCAGUGGAGACCUGCAUGUCACACUUAUGCAGCUGCGAGAGGACACUUGUCGCUGCCAACUGUGAGGAUGACAGGUGCCAAAUAAAGGGUUCAGAGAACUGUAACUUGACCAUCCGGGCUGCAUUGGACCAUUUUCCAUCCCUGCAAGGAUGUGUGUGUACAUGGGAGGAGGAGCUCUGUGACUCCAUACAAGCACUGGUCACACAAUGCCUUCAAAAGCCAGGAAUUCAGCAAGGGAAGAUCACACCGACUGACUGGAAAUCAAGUAAUUUAGCAGACAAUGAUGUGCUUCUUGCAGUGCGUGAAGGCUCUGGAUCCUGUGUGGACCGCAUUGGUCUUUGUGUGAGUGAGUCCGUUUGCAACAGGCACCUCACACCUGUUCUUCAAGCGUGCAUGGCUGAUCAGUGCGACGGCGAAAGGUGUCGGCGGGAAAUUCAACAGUUCUACGGAGGCAUGCCUCAACAGUCUGCCGAGAUGCUGGUGAUGUGCGAGUGUGACGACUCAGAUCAAAGCUGUUUGCUCAUGAAGUCCGGUCUGCAGAGCGGGGCUUGUGGAGUUGAGACAAGGAUCUGCCAAGAAAGGGUCACUCAGUGUGUCCAAGACAGCAACUGCAGGCACCUCUUGAAAACAUUCCAAGAGAAAUGUUGGAACCAUGAAGAAAUCCUAUGCAGUGAAAGAAAUCUCCAAGAAAAUGACUGUUUUACAUUAAAGGAUCCAUCUCUUAUGCUUGGUGCAAAUUCUGAAUGUAGAAAGGCUUUCUUAGCCACUUUGGGUACAGUGCUUCAUCAUCCUUGCACGUGCAAAGGAGUGCACAGCAGUCAUCUAUGGAUGUGCAACGUGAUUCUUGAAGUAUUUCACAACAGACUACACUUCAUGAAACUGGUGAAAAGCAGCAGCGACCCUUCCAAACCACCUGAAAUCAACGAAUCUGAGCAGGGUCACAUGUGGUCAUAUGGUUACGUCUUGUAUGCUUUUUCAGCUCUCUUCCUUGCUGGAGUUGUCAUAAUAUCACCUCUGGUUUUUCUCAGUAAGAUGCGGUUGAAAAGGAGAGAUCAGAUGAAACUUAAACAUCAAAAGAAGGUGAAUCAUGACAUUUUAUAAUACAACAUCCCUUUCAUGACUAUUUUUUAGUUUCGUAUUUUAUGUGGUUCAGAUUCUCAAAGGUUUUUCUUCUCUUGUGUGUUUAUCAUUUUAUGAUGAUUAAUGGAGCAUUGAGUUUGAAGGUUUUAGGCAUUUAGAAGAGGUGCUACCAGUUUGAAUAAGCAGUUAGGUUCAUACAAAGUUAAUUAAACUGGAAGAAAUAACAUUUUCUAUUACCUGAAGUUGGUUCUAGAUGACUCAGUGAUUUCUGAGGACUUUUUUUUAUUAGCAACUGUAUCUGUCACUACUCCUUUUGGUUUUAAAUAGAUAACUGUAUCUGAAGGUAGCUGCCUAGUGGAAUUAAAAUGUUGCAAAAUAAAUUCCCUACUCAAAGUACCACAUCCUGGAGUCAUUCAGUAACUUGCAAAACUAUUUACACCUUCCUGAAAAAAUUUCCCCCACUUAACAUCAGCAAUAGAAGAUUUUUAAUGCAGCAUCACAAAUAGUAUGUAAUAAUUGUAUAUAAGAAAAUGCAUGCUCAAUAUUUCUAAAUUUAUUUCCCAAGUUUUGUAAAACAAAAUAUGUCAUUUUCUUUAUCUACUCCUUAAUUACAAAAUUCUGUUUUUGUUUUGGAAGUUCUUCAACAUUGCUUUUAAUCUAUAUUUCUGGUGUUAAACACAUAAAGUGAAUGUGCUGCAGCUGGAGGGACUUACAAACGUUGUUCUUGUAGCCCCAAGAUCAACUUUAUGUCCUCUGGUGCAGUAUUUACAGAUGUUAAUAAAAGUUUCACAGCCCCUUAACCUAUAAUAAAUGUACACGUCAUUUCAAAAAUUUACUGACUAAGAAAGUAAUUUCAUAUGAUUCAGUGUUAUUUUCAAUACGUGCAUGGUACCAUUAUCUAAUCAAAGGACUAGAUUAUUACUUUGUUUGCUUAUUAGAUUUUAGUUCCAAGGUAAACAGAAAAAUUGUGAAUCUUUCAGCUAAAGGUGAAAAAUAGAGCAAACAUCUGCCUUUUUCUACACUGGUCAGUUUUCAAAAUGACAUAAAACAUUAAAUCAACUUCUAAAACUUUACCAAUGUCUUUAUUAGUAAAAGCAUAUAUUGUUUCAGAAAAUAAUCCUUGAACAUUUUGGAUAGAUAAUAGUUUCAUUUAAAAACUGUCCAGUAAUAUGGCCAUCUCAUUCAAUUUACUUCAGUUUACUUGUAUCAAGUCAAUUCACAACAUAUCAUCUUGAGGCACUUCACAAAAAAAGUCAUUUCAAUUCAAUCUUACAUACUAUAUAUUCCAAUUAAUUCUACUUUGUUCAUUAUUCAAUUGUUGUUGUAGUGUGUAUCGUCUUUCAACUCUGAGGACAAAACAGUUCAAAGGGAUGAUUGAAAGCCCAAAGUUAAAAUGGAUCUAACUUCCAUGAUUAAUGGUUGUAAACUUCACACAUCAACCACAGAAAAUAUAACUUUGUACUGUUGUAGCUCCUCCUCUCGAAUCUUCUCUUAUAACAUACACUGCUGUGAUCUAUUUUAGAUAAUAUCAAAUUAAAAUCCAGAGUCUUUUUAGAUACCAUCUUUUUAUUAUAUAUUGCAACUUGGCAAGACAGACACAAAAAUAAAUAGCGAUUAACUUCAACCUUCAGUAUGAUCACAGUCAUUUCAAUCAGGGAUAAAAAAAAACAAAAACAGUUAAGGAGCUCUGACUCCUUCAUUUUUGGCUAAAUGAUUGGGUUCUUUGGGUAGUUUAGAUUGUAACUGCAAUCUAACAGGGAAAAGAAACACUUUAACCCGUUGGGUAGAAACUGGCACUUUAAUUAAUGUUAACAUUAGCUGUAAUUAAUGAAGGACGAAUAAACGACCAGGCACAGCACAUUUAAAAGUGAGCCCAUAGAUCAACUUUCUACCUUGGACAACUUGGAGUGGUUCUGAAUACUAUUAAGGUCCUUGCAGUCAGAAGUUCAAUAAAUUCAAAUACAAAGGUGCAGAAAACAGAUCUGAAAAGAAAAA